UCUGCCCAUUUUACACAAAGAACCGACAUGGAAGCCAUGUUCCCUUUCCCCUUGCCGAUCCUUGCUCACCUCCCAAACUCUCGGUUUUCGCUAAUUUUUUCUAGAGUUUUGUAGUUUUUAGCGUGUUGUUGAGCGUUGUUCACCCCCGUGCGUGACGUUCAGGUGUCUUCAGGCGGGGGACCGGCUCCUUGUUUCCCCGGGGCCGAACGAUCCGCUCAAUCCCGCUGCCCGCUCGUUUCCUAUUAUUCCCAAACAACACUUCGUCGCCAUUAUCCUACAAAUGUGCCCACCAGCCGACUGCCACCUCCAAACCCCACCAAAAUCCACAACUUCUCCCCAAAUCUGACUCAAAUCCGCCUCGACGACUGCGACGAUCCCAAUUUUUCAUUCAUUCGGCGAAUUUUGGCCGAUUUUUGCUUCGAUUUUCUUCUUCUCGCCUCGCCUAAUUUAUAACCAUUUCUUGUUAAAAAUAUGAAAGGUCUGUCCGAAGCGGGGCGUGGGGAGAUGUGUCCUCCAUUUCCUUGCCAGACGAUCUGCGCCCGAUUCCUCGCCAAUUUUGGGCUCGUCUUCGCUACUUUUGGCUUACUUUGUGACAACUUUUGUUGCAUUUUGUUUGCGUAGUUUUUGGAGUGGUGCCUUGGACCAUGACCGCUGCUGGUCGCCCUUUCCUGCCCAGAUUGUGUGGAAGGAUGACUGAAUAUGGAGUCGAGUCGAGAGAAGUCGGAGGACAGUCCUCCGAGCGGCAGUACGCGGGGGACCACCAGUAGUCCCAGCAGCACCACAACCAGCAGUACUAACAUCUUCAACACAGCCAGCUUCCUGGCCUCAGGUCAGUCCCUGUUCGGGACGUCGACCACGUCCCCGUACGGCCACAUGCCCAGCGCCUUCUCCAUGUUCGGCACACAUCCCUUCCAGUUUGGGGGACUGGGCAUGCUGGGUACUCCCGGGUCACUCAGCCCCACAUCAGGUGCAGAUUGGUGGAGACAGGCCAGCGCGCACGCCCGUACCAUGGCGGGAAUGGGCGCAGGGUUCUUCCCCGGCCUCGCCAUGCCGCCCACCUUCGGGAGCAUUGGAGCUUCACCAACGUCCAGUGGAUCAGACACAAAAGUAGCCUUCAGUAGCCCGCUGUUCCAAUCAACGCUCAGCUCCCCUGGGGGAAGCCUGUCCUCACCAACAUCUUCCACAGUGAGCUCCACCUCUGGCAGGGGGAGGGGGCGCGGAGGACGGGGCAGAGGCAGACCCAAGGGGAGUAAGAACAAGUCUACCCUGUUAGCGGAGGCAGCGGCGGCUAACGCACGAGCUAACGCUCUGGCUGCCAGUAUGUUCAUCAGUCCUCCUCUAGUCAUGGACAAACCCAAGGAGGUUUCCGUCAUCAAAAAAGUGGAAAAAGAGAAGAAUAAGGAAAAACCUCCAAAAGAGGAGAAAGGAACAAAAGAUAACAAGGAGUCGAGCAGUGACAGUGAUUCAGACAUUAGCACGGGUAGUGACAGUGAAAUCAGCAGUGACUCUGAUGACAGUGACACCUCGGAUAGUGAGGGGGAGGAGGCAGAUAAGACCAAGAAGUUAAAAGAACAGCUAAAACAAAAGGAACAAGAGUUGAAGAGAGAACAGGAGCAAAUAAAACAACAACAGAGGGAGGCUCUGCUCAGGAAGCAGUCUCCUUCCCAGGUCAUCAAGUCUCCACCCCACUCUCAGUCCCAGGGGCUGCUGCUGCCGCCCAAGUUGUCACCCGUGACAACAACGAGCUCUGACUCAAAGACUGAGUCCAGCCCUCGCCCCAUCCGGAGUCCAGCCAAGCUGGCCAUCAAACACAGUCUGCAGCAGAAACAGAGAGAGGAACAGCAGAAGUCUCUCAGUCCACCAGUCCUGACCAAAAUCUCCCAGGAGAAGACAUCGCAGCCCAAACAGCUCAUCCAACAAAGCUUCAUGUCUACCAAACCCAGCGAGGGGCUGGCACAGAAACUACUGUCUCAACAGAAAUCACCGAGUCAGCAGACACAGGAGCAGAGAGCAAAGGAAGAGGAGGAGAAACUCAAACAGUUGAAGCUGCAGUUUGAACAACAAAUCAAACAACAACAGCAGCUUUACAAGCUCCAGAAGCGGGCCCAGGCCUUGAGCACACCAUCAUCAUCAUCAUCCACCAGUGCAGCGACCAACGCGACCAGCAAGCUGUUAGCAACGUCCAAGUCGGCAGCUGUCUCAUCAACUUCAGCUAGCCACUCCAAAAUUAUACACCCUCAGACCUUCAAGCUCCCAUCUUCUUCUCCUUCCACUUCCAAGGGGUCUGAGAAGAAGGCCAAGCCGCUGGUCGCGCGGUUCCGCGGGGUGACGGAGGAGUCGAGCGACAGCGACUCGGGGGAUGAUAGUGAUGAUGAUGACGAGGAGGACUCGGACUCGGAUGAUGACGAUGAUGAUGAUGACGACAGCAGCGAGACGUCCGAGUCCACGGCCACGCCCACCAAGUCUGCACAAACCCCCUCACCUACCAAGAGUGUCAAACGGGCUGCUGAUGUGGCAAUACCUAACAACAUUGAUGAUGGCUUUAGAAAAAGAAGAAGAAUCAUCGACUUGAGGGAAGUUAGAAUACCCUUGGAACAUGGCUGGAGAAGGGAGACCAGAAUCCGAGCCAUUGGUCCAGGAGGAGGGAUCAAGGGUGACGUGUGUUACCUCGCACCCUGUGGGAAAAAACUACGUACUUAUCCUGAGGUUCAGAGGUACCUGGACAGAUGUGGCAUCACAGACUUGACUAGAGAGAACUUCAGCUUCAGCCCUAAGACAAACAUUGGAGACUUCAUUGAGUGCAGGAACGGUGCAAAUGGAACAGAAUAUGUGCUCCUAACAGAAGAACAAAUCUUGCAGCGAACAAGAGACGGCGUCCGGCGGGGCAGACCGCCAUCCUCCGACAAGCUGAAGAAACGAGACGACCGCAAGGUGGAGCAACAAGAGUUCGCAAGGAAGGCCGUCGAGAUGAGGAUGAAAAGAAAGAUGGAGCAACAAGCCCUUGUAUCUGCAGAGAUGGCCAAACGGGUACAGGAAGCCAAGCUGCGCAGGAAGAUUGAGAAACAGGCUCAAGUACAGGCUGCCAAGGAGGCCAAGAGACAACAGGCAAUGAUGGCAGCAGAAGAGAAGAGAAGACAGAAAGAAAGAAUCAAACUUCUCAAACAGCAGGAAAAAAUGCAGCGGCUGGAACAGAUCAGGAUGGAGAAAGAGAUGAAGGCCCAGCAACUCAUGGAGUAUCAAGUCCAAGUCCACCUCCAGAAGCAGAUGAAACAGAGGCAGAUCUUGGAAGCAAGAAAGAAACGGAAAGAACUUCAAGACAAGCAAAGAUUGGAAGAAGCCAUGAAAAAGGCCAAGGAGAGGGAAAUGAGAAGACAACAGCAAGUCAUGUUGAAAAAUCAGGAAAAGGAGAGACGCAGGCAGCUGCUGUUCCUGGAGAGGGAGAGAAGAAAACAACACAUGAUGCUGGUUAGAGCUCUGGAGGCCAGGAAAAAAGCUGAGGAGAGAGAAAGAAUGAAACAGGAGAAGAAGGUGGAGAAAAAACUCACCAGGGAGAGAAAGAUGGAGCAACGUCGUCUUGAGUUGCAGAUUGCGAAGGAGCUAAAGAAACCUGUGGAAGACAUGCAACUCAAGGAGGCAAAGCCCCUACCAGAGCUGAAGCGUAUCCCCGGGUUACAGUUGCCAGGCAACGCCUUUGCAGACUGCAUGAUGGUGUUUGAGUUCCUCCAUAACUUUGGUUCUGUGCUGGACAUGGAUGAGAAAGACAUUCCAACGCUGGAUGAGAUGCAGCAGGGUUUGUUGGGAGAGGAGGAGGCAGAGAGAGAGGUGUUAGACAUGUUAGCUAACCUGCUGCAGUGUGCACUCAGGGACCCCGGGGUCAUACCAGGCAUGCAGAGUGCCACAGUGCUGCGGGUUCCCCUCCAUGAUGCAGACAUCGACCACAGGAACCUGUCUGAGAUCCUCAGGCUCUUCAUACAGGGCAGGAACGGCUUCCAGGACGAGAUGAGCCAGCGAUUAGAGACCAUCCCGUUCCAAGCCCACUCUCCUACACAGAAGGCUGCCAUCCUGGCCUUCAUCUGUAAUGAACUGUUGUGCAGCAGGGCUGUAGUAGGUGAGAUUGACAGCAGUAUAGAACAUAUGUCCAACCUGAGGAGGGACAAGUGGAUUGUAGAGGGCAAGCUCAGAAAACUGCGCAUCAUCCGGGCCAAGAAGUUCCACCGGCCGUACUCGAGACAGGCCAUGUCCAACGAGAACUCCAACAUGGGGGAGGAUAGCAACAUGUCAGGCACCAUGUCUGUUGCCAACACCCCCGGGAAGGCCAGCAGUAAAGGUGAUGAGGACAGUAAGAUGGAGGAGGAUGAGGAGGAAGAUGAGGAUAAGGAUGAAGAAGAGGAGGAUGGGGAGGGGCUGGAUGUAGAAGGAGAGGAUGAAGCUGAGCCAGAAUCAGUAGAGGAGACUGAUAAAAGGAUAGAAAAGCUCAGCAAGCAACAGUCCCAGUACCGCUCCAAGUUGUUUGAUGCGUCCCACUCCCUGCGUGCCCUGUGUCUGGGACAGGACCGCUACCACCGGCGCUACUGGGUCCUGCCCUGUGCCGGCGGUGUGUUCGUAGAAGGGAUGGAGAGCGCCGAGCCAGAAAACAUGGAGGUCGACAAGGAGAACUCUCACCCACAGGAGAGCAAAGACAAUGUGAUUCCCAAGGAAACAAAGGACAAUUCCACGGAGGUUAAAGACGUUAAGAAGGAAGAGGAAUCUGUAGUCAAGAGUGAGAACAAUGUGGAAACUGCUAAACAGAACGGGGACCAAAACUGUGGAAAUCACGACUCCAAAGCUGUGGAAGAAACCAAAGCUAGUGCAAUGUCUCAGGGUGCUUCGGAGAACUUGUUCCUGCAGAAGCCGUCCAAGCUUAGCGAGCUGCUAGACGUGGCCAAACAGGACCCGGACGCCUGUCCCACGGGCACGGAGACGCGGACUUCCCACGAUGCAACGGCAGCCACGUCCACGGUGAGCUUGCAGCAGGUCAGGCUAGGAGGACUGCAGGCACAAAAAUCAGGCAGUGGGUUUUUAAACAUAGACACCCUGGUGAACAGAACUGACAUGAAGAUGUUAGGCACUUACAUGUCCCCACUGCCCAGCUCCAUACAAUUUGCCCCCGGCCCUCUCACUGCUGACCAACUUCUCAAAGGCUUGACGCACAAAAUGAACGGAGACGGCAUGUGGUUCAGCGUCCUUCCCAGAAUGCCUUGUGACGAGACGUCGCUGACGAGGUUACAGCUACCGUCCGUUGGGAACGUGGAGAGUGGUAAACCGUCGCCACCGGGCGUAUCCCAGGGUGCAGUGGUGCAGAACUCUGCGUUCUCCCCGCCACACAUGAAGGGUGCACAGACAGGGUUCGGCUUCACCACAUUCGGACAGUCUCCACUAGGGGCACAACAGAUCAAUGCUCUCUAUGCCCAGAGAAUGGCUGGACCCAGCACUUCAGCCUACCAGCCUCAUCUACUGGGGAUGGCACCUAACAUGUGGAUGGGGAUGAACGAGGUCGAGCCUGCACCCAUCCCCAAAGAAAUGGUUCUUGGCUGGUGGCAGAUGCUGGAGUCAGAACAGAUCCGGUCCCUGCUGAAGGUGCUCCACCCUCGUGGGAUCAGGGAGAGAAUCCUGCAGAAAUCCCUGCAGAAGUACAACGACUAUGCAUGCCAGUGCUGUAAGAAGGCCAGGGAAAAUGAUGCGAUCAAACUGGAGGAGGUAGAAGAUGACAAGACAGUACGUGACGGGUCUGGCGCUGCGCUGGAGACGUGGCAGGAGCAGGACUCCUGUGAGCUGGCCUACAAGUUUGAGGUGUCCCUGCUGCAGGAUGUGGAGGACCUGGAGGAGAGGGUGUUCCAGGCCAGUCUACAGGUCAAGGGCUGGAAACUUCCACCAAGGAUGACAGCAGACUAUGCAGAUAAAUCAAUUGAGGAGGACAGUGACCUUCGACCCUUGGAGCUUGCCCAGAAGAGAUUAGCGUCUCUGGAGAUGAACCUGGAGAGGAGAUAUAUCAAACCUCCGCUCAGCAAGAAUGUGCAGAUAAGUCUUGCCACCAUGGGCUUCCCAGAAGAGAACUCCAACUCUUCUACACCACCGAACAGUGAUGAGGACAUUCCUAACGCCCUGCGUGUGUGGCGGGAUGUGGUUGGUACAGAGACCACGGCGCCGCAGCUGUUCAUGUGCCUGGGUCUGCUGGAGAAGUGCAUCGCCUGGGACAAGUCCAUCAUGAAAGUGUUCUGCCAGUUCUGUCGGAAGGGAGACAACGAGGCCCAGUUACUUCUGUGUGACGGCUGUGAUAAAGGCUUCCACACGUACUGUGUAAAGCCGAGGAUGACAGUGGUACCAGAUGGAGACUGGUUCUGUUCAGUGUGUGUGGCAGCUGCGACUGGUGAGGAGUGCUGUGUGGUGUGUGAGAAGAAGGUGACAGUUAAAGCUGCCAGGUGUGAGCACUGUCCCCGAGUCUACCACAUCCAGUGUCUGGACCCACCACUCAACAAGGCCCCACGAGGAAAGUGGACUUGUCCAGAAUGCCUGAAAGCUGGGAUCAAAGGCAGGAGGAACAGGAAGAGUAAAGAGACAAAAGAGAAGGAUGCAGGAAACAGCCUGUCAGACGACUGUCCCUCCCCCAUGUACGUGCCUGACAAGAAGGACAAGAAGGCAAAGAACGAAGCCUCCAAGGACCUGGCACCCUGCAGGAGUAUCUUACCUGAGCUGGAGAAGCACGAAGAUGCCUGGCCCUUCUUAGUCCCUGUCAACACUAAACAGUUCCCUCAGUACAGGAAAAUCAUCAAGAAACCCAUGGACUUAUCCACCAUCAAGAAUAAACUCAGGGAUAACAAGUACAGGUCAAGGGAGGACUUUGCCGAGGACGUCAGGCUGAUCUUUGACAACUGUGAGACGUUCAACGAGGAUGAUUCCGCCGUGGGGCAGGCCGGACACAACAUGCGGGCGUGUUUCGAGACGCGAUGGUCCGAACUAACCACAGACAGUAGCUACAGAUAGGAUUGGGGAUGACACACCGCCGAUUCAGCCACACUGGCCAGGCAAAAAGCUUUGCAACAAUUCCCACAAACUCUGAAAAACACGUCGCUUUAAAUCUUACACUGAUGCAAGCUGAUGUUAACUGGAAAGAUGACUUUUUACGCUUCUGAAUGAAAGAAAAUGUGGAAAUGGUGCAUGUAAUACAGCAGAAUCUUCAGACAAACAAAAAAACAACUGCUCACAGCAAAAACACGAAGCUUUACAGGCCCGUCUUUGACAGCCUGGUGCUUUCCAAGCCAUGCCGAGCUUACGACAGAUGUACAGACGUACCAAACACAAUCAGGGAUCGGUGUUGUACAGUGAUGUGAUCAUGACCUGUGAUUGUUUUAUGUAGGGUUUUACAUGCAGGACAGUGUGGGACUGAUCCAACUGUGUGCAAGCUUAUUUCAUUCCUUGUCGACCCUCUAUCGUAGGGUCUAGAGAACUGUGGACACAGCCUUUGUGACCGAGCAGAAUGAUUAUCAAAGAAGCACUGAACUGUUACACUUGAAGGUCACCCCAUAGCUAUAAAGUAGACAAAUAAACGUGUAUGUAUAGAAAUGUUGCAGAAUGGUCCUGAAUGUGGAAUUAACCUAGCUCGUGAGGCAGACUUUGAAAGCUGUACUUCUGGCUGAUUGGACAAACACUACUAAACUGAUCAUGUUGGCUCAUCAUUGAUUGGCUGGCUCGUGAAAUCAGUUGACCAUGUGACCAUUUUAAAUUUUUUCUUUGUUUCCAUCUGCUGAUAGUGGGUUGACUUCUCCAAGGAUUGGACGGUGUAAGAUUUUAGUGUGAAAGUAGGUAAGUUGAUAGCAUUCCACAGUUUUCUAUGGUGUGUCUUUUACAUGGGGAAUCUUUUAGAGUGGAUAUGUACUGUCUAGGGUGAAUCCGUAGUGGCUGCUUUCGCUGGACUAUCUUGUGUGGUAGUGGAAGAAAGGGUACUUUUUUAUGCAGUGUCAGUGACAUAGAAGCAAACAACUGUCUUGCUUGGAAUCCAAGCACAGGAACCUUAAUGUCCAACCCACACAAACAUACUCACAGCCAGCAAAACAAUACCUCCAGCACAGAGGUAAUGUUUUUACAGUCUCAUGUUUUAAAAAAUAGUAGUAAACAGAUGGUUGUUUCCUUCCUUGAAAGUUUAUAGGUUCACAUCGUUCUCAGUCUGUGUAACAUAAAAUCUGACCAUAAUACCUCUAGCAGCGAUCGUUUUGGAAAAGGCUCAUACCCUAUUCAGAGUCAAAACAAUCUUCUCUUGUAGUUGAUUAUACAUGUAUUUAUUGGCUACACUUUUCACUGCCUCACAAUCAUCAUACUUUCCAUAUACCUCAAUAUAAGUAGAUACUCAGUCAUGCUGUAUAAAGUAGUAGCCUGGAUAUAAGAAUGUGUAUAAAGGCAAGUGUAUUUCACAACUGUUGUGUGAAACAUCAGUGUAUCUUCUAGAGUUUGCAAGAUAUAAACAGCAUCAGUCAUAAACUUUCAAAAAUAGCAUUUAGUAUUUAUAGUAUUUAACUCAACUACAGGAAGGAAUAUUGCCAAAUCAGCCAGCAAAAUGACACUACACAUGAUUGGAUUAAGUAAGCUUUGUGAAAAAGUGAUUAUCAUUGUACAUGUCUGUCACAAUGAUGGGUGGACAUCUUUGGACAUUUUUUAACCUGUUGCAUAUCAUUGCGUCACAAAGCAAAGUGAAAAUCAUAUUUCAACUCUGAAAUCAUAAAAAUUCCUGUGGCUGCUGGUAGAUACCUAUAAUUUUGUAAAGUUAGUAGCAAAAUGAGAAAUUUCUAUCAAAUGGAUGUCAUUUUGGUGUUUGUGAUGUUUUGUUGCCAUAUUGACAAAUGUUGCUUUUUUGUCCAAUUUUGUAGAUAUUUUAGUAUUUUUGUUUCUGUGAUUUUUUUCUGGAAAUUGUUGAUGCAAAAUAGAGCAAAAACUUCUCAUGUCUUCUACUGUUUAGUAUACUUUAUGUGAACUAUACUGACUUGGGAAUAAUACAGUUGAUUUGACAUCAAAUAAGUCACUCAAGAAGCAAGAGUUCAUUGGAUUCAGCUCUUUCCAUACUUAUUAUCAUACGUACAAUCAACAUACAUGAAUGUACUUCACCCUGCAUGUGUACAUUGUAUUAUGCUUGAAACAUUCUUUUUGUGGAUAUUGUUUGCAAUACUUGAACAUUGUGUACAGUGUUAUGUAUAAUUAGACAUUUAAAGCGGGCCAGUUGUACAGAAGGUUCUGUCUUGAGUGUAAACAGCUAAGCCAGAAGGAAGAAAGUUUAGGAAUGUUUGUUCUCUUGUUUUACAGUGAGUGAACUGUUACUUUACUCAAUACAGACGACCACACUGCCUGAUAAUGGA